UGGUGUGUGAGAACUGGGCUAGCGUGCCCAUGUGACUGUGAGGUUCAGUGCGGUUCAUGACCGAGGACACACGGCCUUCUCUCUCUCUCUCCUCGGUACUUUUCCCACAUGAGGGGCGAACCAGCUUUGUAGAAGAGAAGAGCUUGGAGCCAGAGACGCCUUGCCCACCAUGAAGGGAGCCUGCAUCCUGGCAUGGCUGUUCUCAAGCCUGGGGCUAUGGAGACUCGUCCAGCUGGAGGCCCAGGAUGCCCAGUGCCAGAGAGCCGAGCACCCGGUCAUUUCCUACAAAGAAAUUGGCCCCUGGUUGCGGGAGUUCAGAGCGAAGAAUGCUGUGGAUUUCUCGCAGUUAACAUUUGACCCAGGACAGAAAGAGCUUGUGGUAGGAGCAAGAAACUACCUCUUCAGAUUGCAACUUGAGGAUCUGUCUCUCAUCCAGGCUGUGGAGUGGGAGUGUGACGAGGCGACCAAGAAGGCCUGUUACAGCAAGGGCAAGUCAAAGGAGGAGUGCCAGAACUACAUCCGGGUGCUUUUGGUGGGUGGCGACCGGUUAUUCACCUGUGGGACCAACGCUUUCACACCUGUGUGCACCAACCGCUCGCUGAGUAACCUCACUGAGAUCCAUGAUCAGAUCAGUGGCAUGGCCCGCUGUCCCUACAGUCCCCAGCACAAUUCCACAGCCCUCCUCACAGCCAGCGGGGAGCUCUAUGCUGCAACAGCCAUGGACUUUCCAGGGCGAGACCCUGCCAUUUACCGAAGUCUGGGCAUUUUACCCCCGCUCCGCACCGCGCAGUACAACUCCAAGUGGCUCAAUGAACCAAACUUCGUGUCCUCAUAUGACAUCGGAAACUUCACCUACUUCUUUUUCCGAGAAAAUGCUGUGGAGCAUGACUGUGGGAAGACCGUGUUCUCCAGGGCUGCACGGGUCUGCAAGAACGACAUCGGGGGACGCUUCCUGCUGGAGGACACCUGGACCACCUUCAUGAAGGCGCGCCUGAACUGCUCCCGGCCCGGGGAGGUCCCCUUCUACUACAACGAGCUGCAGAGCACUUUCUUCCUGCCCGAGCUGGACUUGAUCUAUGGCAUCUUCACCACCAAUGUGAACAGCAUCGCCGCCUCCGCUGUGUGUGUCUUCAACCUGAGCGCCAUCUCUCAGGCCUUCAAUGGACCCUUCAAGUUCCAGGAGAACUCUCGCUCAGCCUGGCUACCUUAUCCCAACCCCAACCCCCACUUCCAGUGUGGCACCGUGGACCAGGGCCUGUACGUGAACCUAACGGAAAGGAACCUGCAGGAUGCUCAGAAGUUCAUCCUGAUGCACGAGGUGGUGCAGCCGGUGACCACAGCGCCGUCCUUCCUGGAGGACAACAGCCGCUUCUCCCACGUGGUGGUGGACGUGGUGCAGGGUAGAGACGCACUCGUCCACAUCAUCUACCUGGCCACAGAUUAUGGCACCAUUAAGAAAGUACGGGCACCUCUGAAUGAGACCUCAAGCAGCUGUUUACUGGAAGAGAUUGAGCUCUUCCCAGAGAGGAGGAGGGAGCCCAUCCGGAGCCUGCAGAUCCUCCACAGCCAGAGCGUCCUGUUUGUGGGGCUGCGGGAGCACGUGGUCAAGAUCCCCCUGAAGCGGUGUCAGUUCUUCCACACGCGCAGCUCCUGCAUCGGGGCCCAGGACCCUUACUGUGGCUGGGACGUCGUGAUGAACAAGUGCACCAGCCUGGAGGAGAGCCUCAGCAUGACGCAGUGGGAACAGAGCCUCUCAGGCUGCCCGACCAGGAAUCUCACUGUGGAUGGGCGCUUUGGCCCGUGGUCUCCGUGGACGCUCUGCACACACACAGACGGCAGUGCCGUGGGAUCCUGCCUCUGUCGGUCCCGCUCCUGUGACAGCCCAGCCCCACAAUGUGGCGGCUGGCAGUGUGAGGGCCCCAGCAUGGAGAUUGCCAACUGCUCCAGGAAUGGAGGCUGGACCCCCUGGACCUCCUGGUCGCCCUGCAGCACCACCUGUGGCAUUGGCUUCCAGGUGCGGCAGCGGUCCUGCAGCAACCCCACGCCAAGGCAUGGCGGCCGGGUGUGCGUGGGACAGAACCGCGAGGAAAGAUACUGCAAUGAACAUCUGCUCUGCCCACCGCACGUGUUCUGGACAGGCUGGGGGCCUUGGGAGAGGUGCACUGCCCAGUGUGGGGGUGGCAUUCAGGCUCGCCGCAGGACCUGUGAGAAUGGGGACGACUGUAUAGGCUGCAACGUGGAAUACCAGCCUUGUAACACCAACCCAUGUCCUGAGCUAAAGAAGACCACACCCUGGACACCGUGGACGCCCGUCAACAUCUCUGACAAUGGCGGCCACUAUGAGCAGCGCUUCCGGUACACCUGCAAGGCCCGCCUGCCAGAUCCCAAUCUGCUAGAAGUGGGAAGGCAGAGAAUUGAAAUGCGGUACUGUUCUAGUGAUGGAACCAGCGGCUGCUCCACAGAUGGACUUUCUGGGGACUUCCUGCGCGCCGGGAGGUACUCAGCCCAUGCUGUCAACGGGGGCUGGUCAGCCUGGACACCCUGGUCCAAGUGCAGCCGGGACUGCGGCAGGGGCAUUCGGAGCCGGAAGCGUGUCUGCAACAACCCGGAGCCCAAGUAUGGAGGGGUGCCGUGCCUGGGCCCGUCCCUGGAGUACCAGGAGUGCAACAUUUUGCCCUGCCCAGUGGAUGGCGGGUGGUCUUGCUGGUCGUCCUGGUCACAGUGCUCAGCAACGUGUGGCGGCGGACACCACAUGAGGACGCGCUCGUGCACAAACCCCGCCCCAGCCUAUGGAGGGGACAUCUGCCUGGGGCUGCACACCGAAGAGGCUCUCUGCAACACACAGCCCUGCCCAGAGAGCUGGUCAGAGUGGUCCGACUGGUCUGUGUGCGACCCAUCUGGCGUCCAGAUCCGCGUCCGCCAUUGCCUCCUUCCGUUCCCGGUGGGCAGCCAGUGCUCCGGGAACAACACAGAGAGCCGGCCGUGCGUUUUUGACUCCAACUUCAUCCCAGAAGUAUCUGUGGCGAGAUCCAGUAGUGUAGAAGAGAAAAGAUGUGGAGAGUUCAACAUGUUCCACAUGAUUGCCGUGGGCCUGAGCAGCUCCAUCCUCGGCUGCCUCCUCACCCUGCUUGUCUACACCUACUGCCAGCGCUACCAGCAGCAAUCCCACGACGCGACUGUCAUCCACCCCGUGUCGCCCGCCCCUCUCAACACCAGCAUAACCAACCACAUCAACAAACUGGACAAGUACGACUCAGUGGAGGCUAUCAAGGCAUUUAACAAAAACAACCUGAUCCUAGAGGAAAGAAACAAGUACUUCAACCCUCAUCUCACUGGGAAGACCUAUUCUAAUGCCUACUUUACAGAUCUCAAUAACUACGAUGAGUACUAAUAGCUCUGAUAUUUUUGGCUUCUUGUAAAUCCUCAGUUCCUCAAAGCUUGUGCUCUACGACUUCCAUGUUUCUGAGGCUUCUGAGAGGAAGUUUGGGUCUAUUUCAAGUGCAUUUCAAGCCAAGAGUGUCCCCUGGCUGCCCCAAAUACACAUUCUUAAAAUGCUACAAAAAACUAAAGACACAGUGAAAAUCUGGUCUACAGCAAACCCUUGAUCAUUGUUAAAUGAGCCGUGGUGUGAAGUUCUUUUAUUGCAGUUGGACUAUUUCUCUAACAAGUCCAUUGUUUCAUGACCUUUAUUUUCUAUAUGUGCCACCUGUGUAGGAAGGAGUCUUAGAAAUGCAAAUUCCUGAUUAAUUUUGAGGUCUUCAUAGGUCUUUCUGAUGUUUUAAUUCAAGAAAUAAGCACCUUAUCUGAGAGUCCCUCUCUCCACAAAGCCCAUAUUGUCUGAUAAAAUGAAGAAAAUGAAUUUGGCCUACGAAGUGUUCACCAUGGAUCUCCCAAGUUUCAGUCUGGAAAACACUGUGGAUUUUUGGAAGCAGCUAUGUUUGGACUUGGAAAGCUUCUUUCCCGGAGAAGCCCAGGGAGCCAGAGAUCCUGUCUGUCCCGCACCUGCCCAGCUGAUGGUCAGCUGAGAGCCCACCGGGGUCUGGAGGCCGUGACUGCCCCGCCGUGGAAUGAGCAUCCGGGGCGGAGGCGCAGACGCAGGGACACGGACAGCACCUGCAGCUUGCUCCGAGCCAGCCUCGCGGUGACUUCUGGAUUUCGUGUUGGCCUGAAGCCCACCAGGAGUGUCCCGCAGAGCAGCCUGUAGCGUAACCGCUGGCCAGCAGGGGGAUGGACUCCACGCCUCCUCUCCCUGCACACUGAUACUGCCAAUUAGGGAAAGUAUUGAAAGUUCAGAUCUAGAACUGAAAAUAACUUUUAAAAAUUGUUUCCGUACUAUUCAGAGUAUUGUGAGAGCUGACAUUGAAUGACAAGCAUCUUUUUGUUUUCCAUCUCCCUGAUAUAAAUAAUGCACGGCGCUCGGCCCCAACCAAGAACAUUAAUGACGUGUAAAGCUGGCUUCCUGGGGCUGUCACAGUGCACAUGGAGGUGACACCCCUGUACCAGGCUGUCAUUUGCGGCCCCAGACCAGGGGAGCCGAUGUUCGGCUCUGGUGCCUUUUCUUUAUCUCAGCGCUGUCUCCCUGCCCAGCUUUCCUCCAACCCCUCCUCUCCGUGCACUGUGGCACCUGGGCUCAGGGGCUAAAGGAAGGACAGGAAGGGAGGGAGGGCUCUGACUGUCCCUGUGGUUGAGCUUCCAUGGUGGAUUAGCAUUUCAGGGUGUUAUAAGAUCAUUCAUUGAAGUCACCAGAAGAGAAAAGAUAAAUUGCUUGCCAACAAUGGAUCCAUAAAGCAUAUGCCAAUUGGUAGAAUAAUUAUCGAAAGUAAGAACAGAACUGAAAAGGGUCAUCUGAUGCCUCUGGGCAUUACAGUAAAGGCCUGAGCAGAUAUCAAUCCCUGUACUUAUUGAUAGAAGAACCUUUUUAGUGAAAAUGUACAGUAGGGGUAGUGAGGAACAGAGUUAUUAGCGUGUGUUUUUAUCUUACCCAUUUUAAAACAGCAGUCUCAGAGAGUAUUGGGAAGAUCUUAUGAUUAAUAAAUAACGAAUAGUCCUGAGUUCUAAAUAUUCUGAAAUACCUAAAUUGGCAGCAGUGGCUCUCUGUUCAGUUCAACCCACCGCUCUGUGCGUCUGAUGCUUGGGCUCGCAAGAGUUUAUUAAAUUGUAAAGGGAAGUACAAGGAGUUCCCAGCAGGACCUCAUGACGUUGCAUGCACCUUGUGUACGUGGCGUGAAUAUUCUCUGUUGUACACGCCUCCGCAGCAUCCGCUCAGCAGAGCAAGCAGAGCAGGAGGUUUCCUGAUUGCUUCCAGGUUGGAUUUUCACUGGAUGCUUUGACUCAUCUCUUUAAGAAAAUGAAAUCCUCACAGUGUAGCACAUCUUAGCUUUUUUUCUUUUAAUCACCCUCUCCUAAGUAUUUUCUAAGCAGAAAUGGUCAUUUUAUCUCCCCUAAGAAGGAGGACAUGAUAUUUUAUGACUUGUCACUGGACUUCAUGUGAAAUACUUUCUAAAUGGCAUCCAAGCUGGUCUUUAAGCAAUCGUAUGAAAUGAUCAGAAAAAGCACCCUCCCUCUUCCAGAGUCUCAAGUUUUGGAUCAUGCAAGCCUUUAAGAUUAGCGCUACAAAAAGAAAUCCCCUCAUGUUUUGCUCCUGAUACUGUGUUCAAAGGAAAGUACCCCCCCACAACUUUUCUCUUUUAACAGAAAGUGCUUCAUUCAGAUAAUCUUAGCUGUGUUCUGAGUAAUCCAACCAUCUGUGGGAUAAUCACGUCUCCUUUCCCAUCAUUGUGCUGCUGUUGAUCGUGGGCACUGCGCACGCUUUUCCUCUAGACCUGUCCUGGUCCUGAGCCUCACGUGGCUCAUGGCGUGGUGUCCGCUGUCUGCAGGGCUGCCUCCUCCAUGGAGCAGCUGUUCUGCCAGCUGGAACUCUAGGUCUAGGAUUCCUGCUGAAAACUGGGCAUCAAGAUGUAAAUUUCUGACAGAGAGUUACAUUUUAUCUCUCCUCUCCCUCCUUUCUUCUUUCUUUCCUUCCUUCUUUUCUUUUGUAUUUAAGCAGCACAAAUAGAGAUAUACUUUUAAGCUACACAGAUUUGAACUUGUCAAAUGACAUUAACCACAAUUUAAUUCCUGUGGCUUUUUCCAAGUACAGUUGAAAUUUGGCUGAUUUUCAUUAGAAAAUCGGCUUUCGUCACACAUUUAGAUUAUUUGAGAGCAAGGCCCAGUGCUGUUCAGGUUCCUUUCUCCGGAGUAGACUAAUCACCAUCAGUGUAUGGGACACAAGCAUUCUGUGGAAGGGAUAGCAGAAGCCCUGCACGGGCACAGCGGGUCCUCCAAAGUAUCUGGGGACUUUGGUGAAGUCAGGCUCAGCUGUACAGAAGAGCCACUGUUACCAGACUCCUGGGCAUUGCCUUCAAAACUGCCCCAAGACACAUUCCUGUGCCUCCUCCCUCGAGAGCUGCACUUUCCUGCUGGUGUAAGACUGUGAACUUGAUCAAGUAUGCUGGGUCUGGGAUUAGCCCUGAUAUGACGGGAAGGAAGGGGCUCUUGUACACAUGGAAGGAUAGGUGGGGAUUCUGUAGGAACUGAAGAAUUACAAAUGGUGAAUGGAUGAAAGGCUGUCCCUGCCAUAGAGAUGCCUCUAUCCCCAGGAACAGCCAGCCCACAAGGUCUGGGGUGAACCUGGGACCCCCCUUUAACUCAUGGGGACCCUAGAUGGAAAAGAAGCAAAUGUGGUGAAUUAUCGGAUAAGUAGAUGGCAAAGGAAAUGAGAAACAGGUCCCUCAGCAAGGGCGUGAAAAUCAUGGGAGACAAAACUUGUUUCAGUGAAUGCUUCUCCCUGCACCUCUGUGGAAUUAAUGGGCUUGCCUUCAAAGGUGUGACAAACUCUCAGCAAAGGAGACUGUGUGUCCCCAACAUGCCGCCUAAAGGAUACGUUGCAGUAUAGUUGAAUAUCACAGGAAACUUUAUCCUAAAAUACGUUAUGCACACAGCUAAUUACUUUUUCUAAACACAGCUUUGAUAGCAUUGGAUUUAUAACUACCCUUAUGCUUCUUUAUUUUGCUUACUUUUAGAGUCUUUCCUUGUCUUUUUCUCGUGGCCAUUAGCUUUACCUUCAAAGCAUCUUCUACAUUUCAAUGGGGCUUUCUUGCUUUCAGUGAUGUUUUGGGCUGUUUUCAUUGACUUUAGCAUUUCUGUCUCAAAAAAAGUCACAGUGGAGCCAGGCGAAGGCAUUAGGUAACAAGGGUUGGUACAAGGAGCUGCAUCAGCGUCAGUUCUCCAAGUGGCAGGGUUGUGUCUGCCUCAUGGCUCCAACAGUGAAUUUUCAUGACUUUGUCAAGACAAAAACCUUAAACCAACCCAUGAACAAGGUCUGCCAUUCUCCCUAAUAUGAUCCAUGUUGGAGCUCACAGAUGGCAUUGGCCAUGCCCACCCCUCAUUCGUGCUCCCUCUCACUGCAUGGUGCACCUGGAAGUGUUUGCUGCUGUGGCAUUGCCAGUGUUUGAUUAUUUUCAUCUGUGGAGGAUUGAGUAUGGUUAUGUACCACCAAUACUAGAAGCUAUUCCGAACACACUGCUUCUUUGCGAAAUGAGCAUAAAAUCAAAAAAGUCAAAGUAACAUUCAUGUCCCUCUCAGAAAUGCUCAAAAGGAAAUGCUGGACACACUAUACUGCCACGUGAGAUAAAAUAUGUGAAGCACAGGAAACACUGUGGGAUUUAUUUCUACUGUUUUUGCUUGUUAUGGUUAUUAAAUUCUAUUUAAAGAUAUUUCAUAACACUACAAAUACUGAGCCAUGGUAUUCAGAUUCAGGUUGUCUGCUCUGAUAACCCAAUAAAACAAAAGAGUAAGUAUUGCUUCUGUAUUUACCCCUUUUCUCCUUGGAAAGUUGAAAAAUAGAUGGGAUGUUGGACUAUCGGCAGCAAUUUCUAAAAUGACUUUUCUUUAUGGAUUUAUGUUAACAUGCAUUAUUCACAUUUUUAGCAGAUGGAUCAAAAGUUUUUAUUCAAUUUUCACAUGUUGCAUUAUCAAAAAUGCAUGCAUUACUGAGGUACCAGAACAUGGAGACCUUUUCUCUUUCAAAAUAUAGUUCACAAGGCGAUGUCCUUAGAGCUUCAACAAAACUACUUUUAGAGCCUGGCACUCUUUCUAAAAGACGACACUUUGUGAAGAGCAUAUUAGUUCUGCUGCAGACAACACUCUAGCUUAUUGCCCGUGAUCAGAGACGGUAUCAACUCUUGCCCAAGCAGCAGGGUUUUACUGUAUGGACACAGCGAAGCUUACAGUAGUAAACUACUCGAGGACACCUCCAGUUCUAGGAGAAAUGCAGAGGUAGAAACGUACCCUCGGCAUUUCUUAAACUAAAAUGUAAAGUCAGGCAGGAAAAUUUAUUCCUCCUUUUAGUAUUUAGUCAGAAAUAUGAGGCCAGUAGUUCAAACAUGAUCCUCUUCUUUCUCAGUCUUUUGACAAUUUAAUGCCAAAUGAUUCAAAUGUUAGAUAAAUCCAAGCGGAGAGCCAAGUCUGGGUUGUGAAAAAUGAGAACUAUUCCGCAGUGAUGCUGAGAAGAGCAUCGUUAGCUGCCCUCUCUGCAAGUGCGGAUAGUUCCCUUUCUUGUAAAAAGUUGCUAGUGCCUUGUUUAAGAUGAUGUUUCAUCAUUACACCUGGAUAUCCUUGGUUCCACUUGGAAGCAGAGAGUUGAUCGGAUACCCUUAGAAGAAAAUCAUCUUUCCAUGCCUCUUUGAACUCAGGAAUAGAAAAUGGCCACAAAGCCCUUCAUCUUCAGAUGUGGCCUGGCUCCCACUGGGCAGCGGUAUGUUGAGAAUUAAGGUUAACCUAGUCUCCAGCUCCCACGAACUGACAUCACUCUAAGUUUCACAUCUUCCAGAAACACCUUCGUGUCUGUUCUUUAAUGGGAAUGUCCAUGUGAUGCCUGUGGAUGUUAGAGGUGUGUUUUUCACUGCACUUCAGCCAAGUCCGUAGGCAUAGGAAAACCAGACCCAGGCUGCCAGUGGUGGAACCGGUAUGGGACGUGUGGGAUGAGAACCACCUAGAUCAUUGUCUGAUUUAUUCUAUUUUUUGAUUCAAUGUCAAAAUGGCUUCACAAAUUAACAAAAGGUAGUACUCUCAGUUUGGAUUUUAAAAACUUAACAGUGUUCUCUCUGCUAAAGUUGAUUGCUUUCCCUUAUCCCAUGACUGUGUGAUGAACUCAAACUUGAACUCCUGCACUUUGAAAGAAAGCACAGUAGGAACCUCCCACCUGAUCAUCCAAAAUCACAUCAGCUCUGUCUGUGGAGAAAAUGCACAAGCUUGGUUCAGUGUAAGAUUCUUCAAAACUGUAAUAAAAUUACGUGUUACUAGACUUGAUUUAACUUUAAAGAUGUUACAGUUCAUUUUGUGUUCAUUUGCUAUUGCCUGUUUUGUGAUACAAAAUAAACUUAUUUGGGAUUAUUGUUUUUUCCACUGAUAAUUCUUCAGCCAACUUCAGCCCUUGGUAAACUUGAAAACAGUUACUAAUCUUAAAAUUAAUUUUAAUUUAAUUGAUCCUUAUGUAUAAUCACAGAGUUGUCUCAAGAAUGAAAUCGUUUGUUUGGGGUUUUAUUUGUUUUUUGUUUUUUCCGGUACCGGGAAUCGAACUCAUGACCUUGCGCUUGCCAGGCAGGCGCUGUACCCUGAGCUAAAUCCCCAGCCCCAAGAAUGAAAUCGUUUGGCAUUUCACCUACCUUUGAAUGAGAAAAUGAAAUAUCGGCUGUUCUGUUGAAACGGCCGUCAAUUGCAGAAUAUUUUUCCAAGGAAUUCUCGGGCAUACCACGCGUCUUUUCAAUCCUGACAGUUUCUUCACAAGAUUUCUUUUGUGUUCUUCUUGUCAGACUUAUGCAACAGCAAUUUCUUCUGUUCAUUACUUUUUGUUUUCUGUCUGUCAGCUCACUGGUCUUCAGUUCCCCCUGGAGCUGUGUAGGUUUUGGCCUCACGUUGCUGUGUAAUGGUACCUGCCAGAUACUGUUUUCAGAGGUCAGUGUGAGGCAGGGAGCUCAUUCUGUCUUGCACUGGAUCAAUUAUGGAAGUUCAGAAAAGAGGGCCAGGAGGGGCGAUACCUAGCCAAUCAGUGGAAAUUAACUCAGCUUCUCCAACUUGUCUCAGCCUCACCUCUGAGGAACGCAAACAUUUGUAAGACAAAGCUAGCUAUCAUUACAGCAGUGAAAAGGCUUUGCCCUCUCACUGCCCUUGGUGAUUGCUGACCUCAGUAUCUCAACCCAGUUCACCCUUUUUUAAACGACAAGUUUCUGAAGAACAGUCCCGAAUCCUUCCAAGAGUGCAGCAGUCCUCCUUUUGUGGAAAUGCCUUUCUCACCCUCUUCAACCCUAACUGCAAAGAUUGGGGGCAUGGGGUAGGGGCAACACAAAAUAAGAACUCUGAUUAUGUACAGUAUAAAUUGUAUUAUAUUUUUUGUACUUAUGUUUUAUGUAAAUAGUUUGUCUCAUUUAAUUGUAUGUGAGCACUGAAAUAAAUCCUUCCAUUUAGGAAAAAA